AUGCCCAAGUAUAUAAAGUUCCUGAAGGAGAUUCUAAGCAACAAGAGGAAGCUAGAGGACUUAGGACUUAUGAGAUUAAAUGAGGAGUGCUCAGCCAUUCUUCAAAACAAGUUGCCAGUGAAGAGGCGUGAUCUAGGGAGUUUCAUUAUACCCUAUAUUAUUGGUGAUUUGCCUAUUAAUGAUGCUCUAGCUGAUUUAGGAGCUAUCAUCAAUCUGGUGCCUAGUAGUUUGUUUGAAAAAUUAGGUUUGAGUGAGCCUAAACCUACUAGGAUGAGCAUACAGUUGGCAUGUAAGAAUGUUAAAUAUCCUAGGGGAAUAGUUGAGGAUGUACUUGUUAAGGUAGACAAGGAUGUUAUAGAUGUGUGUGAUGAGAUUAUUACCUUUGACCUUAGCACUUCUAUGAGACAUUUACUUGGCCAUGAUGAUACUGUAUAUUCUAUGGAUGUUUUGGAUGAUAUUGUGGAGUCUCAAUUGCAGGAAAUAUUACUUGAUGAUCCCUCACGAGUAGCAUUACAAGCUAAAGAUGCGAAGGAGUUGUCCAAUGAGGAUGUGUUGGAACAACUUACUUGUUUGCUCGCUAGUGAGCCCAGCAGGUCUGCUGACCAUUUUGUUGAUAAUGAUAGGUCAACGAUGCAGAAAUUGAGACCUUCACUUGAGGAGCCACGAACCUUGGAGUUGAAGGAGUUGCCUAAGCACUUAGCCUAUGCCUAUCUGGAUGAGGCGGAGAAGCUACCCGGUGUUCAUUGCAGCUAA